AUGUCUCAACCGCGUGCUCGUCCCGAGGUUUACAACGAUGUGGACGCCCGUGAAGUGGCUCGCCCUCCCCCUAGGGGUGGUUUUAUCCUUCCUGACGACCUGCAGCGCCACUGCGUCUCCACUGAUUGUUGGGUCUCAGUUUACGGGCGCGUAUACGACUUGUCACCGUUGUUGGCUCUUAAUAGGAACCAGCUCGCCGUCCCGCUGAUAGAAAACGCGGGGUCAGACAUAUCCCACUGGUUCUGUCCAGAUACAAUGCAACCCCAGGCCGUUGCUCGCGUGCGGAGCGACACCACCGAAGUGUACAAACACCCCAAUACCCCCUUCCUGCACGUUCCCGGUUCAGGCUGUACAGGCACCCCGUGGUGGCGCGAUGCCAGAUAUAUCGUGGGCGAACUAGCACAGUCUGUUGCACCAGUGUACUUCCUAAACACUCUGACGGGGCAGAAGACAGCGCUGCAUAUCCCGAUUGAUAAGCCCUUAAAACUUGUUCUAGAUCAGCAACUCAAAGGGGCCAACUCGCACGCAGAAGCGUACACGUGGUCGUGCCGAGGCCGGGCGGUAGACCUCGACAAAUCCCUCACGCAAAACGACAUCCAUAUAGUUUCUGACUCAGACGACGUUCCGUGCGACCCCGCAGAAAGGCCCCCACCACCCACAAUCCUCUUGCACUUUGAGGAUGAUCUACUAGCUAUUUGA